AUGGGUGACCCGUCGCCGACUGCCGGACGUUCAGGAAAAAGAUGUGUUGUUUUCGGUUGCAGCAACACCAGUAAAGAUGGAGUUUCCCUUCAUUUCUUUCCAUUGAAGAAUAAUGAUAUUUGUAGAAAGUGGACUUCAUUUGUAACAACGAAAAGGAAGAACUGGGCCGGAGCCACCAAACAUUCUGUAAUUUGUUCGAAACAUUUCGACAUGUCCUGUUACCCGGCGAAGUAUAAGAUCAUGGAAAGUUUAGGCCAGUCAGUCCGAAGAAAGGACCUGCUUCCAGAUGCUGUUCCAUCUAUACACGCUUCAGAACCAAGCCCGAUGUCUAAUAUUACAGACACGCCACCACCGCCAAAGAGACAAAGAAUGGCUUUUACUAAGAGAGAAAAUGCUAGGAUACUGUCACAGCAUUUCCAAGCAACAGAACUGAUGGAGAUUGACCAUGAUGUUGACAACGGUUCGAAUAAUACCAUGGUGUGCGGUAUGGAGAGUGAUAACUCAACACCACAUACACCAUCAGGAUCAACAACAGCUUUAACAAGAACCUAUGGUUGCCAAGUAGGUUUGAAGAAGCCAGCAAGAAGGUCAAAGAAAAUACAAACAAGUUUUAAAACUCAUAACCAAGUAUGUCAGACGACAUCCAAUGAAUGCAAGUCUGUGGCCAUCCAGUGUGAUAUUAUAAAACCAGAACAAACGUCAAACACCAACAUGUGCGAGGACCACAAUCUUACUUUUGAUCAUGAUGGCACAGAGGAGGACAAUGGAGAUAUGGAUGACCAUAGUCCCCAAGAAGACUUGCUUGACAGUUCAUUUAAUGCGUCAUUUCAGAGUGAAGCAGAUGAAGAUGUUGACUCUGAUAGCAACAUAGAUGAUGAAAGGGAUGAUGGAAGAGACAGAAAAUUUUUGGUUUACGAAUCAGAACUCCUAAAAUUAUUUUCAGCAUGCCCAAGAUGCUCCAGCCCAACAUUUGGACAUAUUCAACAGCUGCGCGGUACAGCAGUGAAAAUUCUACAGGACUGUGGUUUUUGUUCCUAUACCAAUGUUUGGAAGAGCCAACCAAUGAUCGGGUCAAUACCAGCUGGAAACUUACUGCUUUCAUGUGCAAUUCUGUUUUCUGGGUCGCUUCCAAGCAAAUCACUGCGGAUGUUCAACUUUAUGAACAUGGCCACAAUAUCUUGCGAUACAUUUUUGCAACAUCAGAGGUAUUUUCUUCAGCCAGCCAUAUUGCAAGUUUGGAAUGAGCAUCAGCAGUGCUAUUUGGACAGUGUGAUUCAAGAAAAUAGGGAAAUUGUAUUGGGAGGAGAUGGACGUGCAGAUACCCCAGGCCACUCUGCAAAGUAUGGCAGCUACACGAUGAUGGAUUUAGAUGAAUCCAGAGUAGUCGACGUGCAAUUGGUUCAGAGUAACGAAGUCAAAAGUAGCUACCACAUGGAAAAAGAAGGGUUGAUCAGAAGUGUGAAGACCUUCAAUGAUGCUGGAAUUACUAUACAGAAGAUUGUUACAGAUCGUCAUGUACAAAUUUUGAAAUGGGUCAGGGAAAAUAUGCCUAAAACAAAACACUGUGUAGAUAUCUGGCAUGUAGCAAAGGGAUUAAAGAAAAAACUGACAGCAAUAUCCAAGGAUAAAGAUUGUGAUGCCUUAACACCUUGGAUAAAGAGUAUCAGCAACCACCUUUAUUGGGUAGCUGCAUCAACUCCGUCUGCAGAUCCUUCCCUAAUGAUGGAAAAGUGGCAGAGUGUAGCAAACCAUGUACAAAACAUACAUGAAGGUCAUGGAUCUCUGUUUGAGAAGUGUUGUCAUGGUGACCUGUCCGGUAGAGAAAGGCAGAAGAAAUGGAUUAAACCAGCAACCAAGGUUAGUGAAAGACUAGAUGAUGUCAUUCUCUCCAACCAGAUGAAGAAAGACAUUCCUAUGUUGUCCACAGGACAACAGACUUCCAGCAUAGAGGCAUACCAUUCUGUCAUAAAUCAUUUUGCACCAAAAAUGAUUGGGUUUUCAUACCAUGGGAUGAUAUGUAGGUUGCAGUUAGCAGCCCUUCACUUUAAUGAAAACCGCUCCAAAUUACAAGCAGUCGAUAAAGACGGUGUGUUGCGUUACCGCUUGGAAUUUCCCAAAUAUAAAAAAGGAGAACAUAUCGUCAGGAAAGUCAAAGUUCAUAGCACCUUUGAUUACGUGGAAAAUCUUACAGAAGUUGUCAUGAGCAUGGCAGAAAGAUCUUCACUAGCAAAGCAACGAAUUCCUAUUCCACCCACAGUUCCUCCACCGUUGUGUCAUGACUUUCUUCACCCAGAUAUGUCGGAUGCCAUAGCAGGAAUGCAUUCAAGAUUUUCUAUGAACUUUUGAACUUAAUUUUUGAAGUGAAUACUUACCCUGCCGGUACAAACGUACCACUUUGAUUUAUGAUGCUAAUUUUUUUCUGAAAUCCACAUAUCUA